AGACGACGACCUGAGGCCUUACUCUCGUUCUCUCACAGAUACUCAUACUCCUCUCGCACAACUCUCGUUCGCGUUCUCAACUGCAGACGACGAAGACACAGCGACCGGCCGCGACCUCCUGCUUCAGCCUACGACUUUCUCUUCCUGCUUCGAUUCAAACACAAUUGAAGAGAUGAGAGGCAUUGAGCUAUCAUUGAAUCAAACACAGAAACUAAGGCUGCAAAGAGCACUGGAACUGUUGGAAUCUCUGUCUUCGGGAACCAAUUCUGAUGCUUCAGUCACUGUCGCCGAUUCUAUCCCUGUUAACCAAGAAGAUGGUGUUCUCAAGGGUCAUGGGACGACAGAGCUUGAGGGUGAGGUCGUGGCAACCGUGUGUGGAGUAAUUGAACGUGUAAAUAAAUUGGUCUAUGUUCGCACUUUGAGAGCCAGGUAUAAGCCUGAGGUUGGUGAUAUCAUAGUAGGCCGUGUUCUUGAGGUUGCUCCAAAGCGGUGGAGAUUGGAGAUUAAUUUUAGCCAAGAUGCGGUAUUGAUGCUUUCUUCAAUGAAUUUGCCUGAUGGAAUCCAGAGGCGACGGACUGCAGUUGAUGAGCUCAACAUGCGUAGCAUUUUUGAAGAGAAUGAUGUCAUUUGUGCUGAAGUCCGUGAUUUCAUGCGUGAUGGUAGUCUACAACUGCAAGCAAGGAGCCAGAAAUAUGGAAAGCUAGAAAGGGGUCAGAUGCUGACAGUGUCUCCAUAUCUAGUAAAGAGGCGCAAACAGCAUUUCCAUCAUCUACAACAGUAUGGAAUCGACCUCAUACUUGGUUGUAAUGGCUUCAUCUGGGUUGGUGAACAUGUUGAAACUAAAGAUAACAUGGUGGAAGACGAACUGAUUAAACCCCCAAACAAAUCCCAAACAACCCUUGAAGAACAAGAACAAGCAUACACUCCGUUAGAAACCAGGCAAAACAUAUGUAGGAUUGCAAAUGCUAUCAGGGUGUUGUCUACAUUGGGUUUUAGCAUUACACUUGAUGUGAUUCAGGAGGUUGUUGAUAUGAGCAGCUCCAAGGGUCUGAAUAUACACGAGAUGCUCGCUGCUGAGUUUUCUGUUUUGGUUGCUGAAAGAGAAGCUGAGCGAAGAAGCUCCUCAACCUCAACUCGAAGAAAACGAUAGAUUCAUAUCAUAUAUCAUAUAUAUGUAUGGCCAUUAAGUAGUUUCUACUCCUUACUCCUUAAUAGAAAGUAAUCUGUAUCAUUACCGUUGAAGGAUUUGUUGGGUUGUGGAUUGUGUAUCAACUUGAAUUUUUACCCUUUUCUUUCUCAGCUGUCACAAUUUUGUUUCUUCUAGCAUUUGCAUUUCAUGAAAAUUAUAACACAAUUUAUAUC